GCAGGCAGUUGUGCCCCUGAGUGCAGAAACAUUCCUGUGCAUUUUUGUGCUUGUUAGUUGUUGAUUAUGCAAAUAAUCAUUAGACAAUUGUACCAGGAAGCUUUGGGUAAGAAAAAAAAGUCCCCAGGCAGUCCCUCUAAGUUCCUCAUUCUGCUAGAUGACAACUAUUAUCAGGCCGUGUGUGUGUGUGUGUGUGUCAGAGCUCUGAGGAACACGGAUCUGGAGACUAAAAACUAAAAGCAACAAAACGUGGAGGAACUGUUUUCUUCACCGAGGACCCGUGCAUUGAGAGGCAGGAUGGGCUGUCUGAAGUCCACGCUGAACGGCGGGCUGGAGCUGGAGGGGAAAAUCCAACGUCAGCCCGCACAACCUGACCCAUACGUCAAAGACCCCACCUCCAAACCAAAAGUCACCAGAAAUAACACCCUGUUACCUGGUCAGGUGUUCCAGAAAAUGGAAGCAAACAAUGGACCUGGUAAAAUAGUAAUCGGCCUUUACUCUUAUGAAACAACGCGUCCUGAUGACUUGGGAUUUAAAAAAGGAGAAAAAAUGAAAGUCUUAGAAGAACAUGGUGACUGGUGGAAAGCAAAGUCUCUGACAUCAGGCAAAGAAGGAUUCAUCCCAUCUAAUUAUGUCGCUCAGGUUGACACCAUGGAAACAGAAGAGUGGUUUUUUAAAGACAUCACCCGUAAGGAUGCAGAGAGGCAGCUUCUGGCACCUGAAAACAAACUAGGGUCUUAUCUUAUCAGAGAAAGCGAGACGUCAAAAGGAAACUUCUCACUGUCAAUCAGAGACACUGACGGCCAAAAAAUGGAUUCAGUGAAACAUUAUAAGAUCAGGAAACUGGACAAYGGCGGCUUCUACAUCUCUCCCAAAAUCUCUUUCCCCGACAUCAGCAGCAUGAUCAAACAUUAUCACACCAAAGCAGAUGGCCUGUGCCGCAAACUAGAACGCCCAUGUCUCAAACCCAAAGUACAGAGGCCCUGGGACAAGGAUGCUUGGGAGAUUUCCAAAGACUCAAUAAAGAUGGUAAAGAAACUGGGAGCUGGACAGUUUGGAGAAGUCUGGAUGGCUUAUUACAACAACUCCACUAAAGUAGCCGUGAAGACGUUGAAGCCUGGCACUAUGACUGUAGAAGCUUUCUUGGAUGAGGCCAAUGUGAUGAAGACAUUGCAGCACGACAAGCUGGUUCGGCUCUACGCCGUCGUCACCAAAACAGAACCCAUCUACAUCAUCACUGAAUACAUGGCCAACGGAAGCCUUCUAGAUUUCUUAAAAAGCGACUCAGGAUGCAAACUGCUGCUACCCAAGCUCAUUGACUUCUCAGCACAGAUAGCAGAGGGCAUGGCAUUCAUCGAGAAGAAGAAUUAUAUUCACAGGGACCUGAGGGCUGCAAAUGUUCUGGUGUCUGACAAAAUGAUGUGCAAAAUAGCUGACUUUGGCUUGGCAAGAGUCAUAGAGGACGACGAGUAUUCUGCCAGAGAAGGUGCUAAAUUUCCAAUUAAGUGGACAGCUCCAGAGGCCAUCAACUAUGGCAGCUUCACCAUUAAAUCUGACAUGUGGUCCUUUGGUGUCCUUCUUUAUGAAAUUGUCACGUAUGGGAAAAUCCCCUACCCAGGUAUGUCCAAAGGAGAGGUGAUAUCGUCGAUUCAGCGUGGCUACAGGAUGCCACGGCCCGACAGCUGUCCCCAAGAGCUGUACGACAUCAUGACGUCGUGCUGGAAGCACCAGCCUGAGGACAGACCCACAUUUGACUACAUACAGAGCGUUCUGGGUGACUUCUUCACCGCUACAGAAGCACAGUACCAACAACAGCUAUAGUGCUGACAACUCAGAGAGACAUUUUAUACUGGCUCCACGUUAUGAUUAAAGCUACUUCAGACGAGUAGAUUUCUUUGUUUACAUGUAAAACAAAUUAUUUUUUUAAUCGUAUGUUUAUAAAAUACUUCUCCGUUUUAGAAAACGCUUCUUCAGAGCAUCUAAAAUGUCACUGUGACGUUUGAGGAUUUAUGUUUGAGGUCAUCCUCAAAAUUCCUAAUCCAUUAAGCAUCAAAACAAAACAAAGAACGCUGUAAGUAUAUGUGGUUGUGUUUGAAUCUUUUUUUUUUUACACUAGAACCACAUAUCUCAUAUUUCAUUUGUUGUAAUGUCUGAGCAAAUAGCGGACAUUCUGUUGUACAUUUCAUUUCUUGGAGUUAUUCAAAUUACUGAGUUUCCUUCUGGAAGCUGAUAUUUAUACAAAUUUUAGCCUUUUUUUGAGCUGAAACAUCAAAUAAUUAUUUUUUUUGGAAUUGCUCUUUGCAUUUCUAAAGAAUAUAUUAAAUGCGUGAAAACUAAAAAUGUGCACAAGUUUACAAUGAUCUGCUUAACAUUUCAGAAAUUAUGAAUAAGCUGCUCUAACACUGAGGCUCCCAGCUUCUUGAAGCAUUUAAAAAUUCUACUGUUUUAAGCGAAUAAUGAACUUCAUCUGUUUUGUCCACCAGAGAGCUUUUGAUCACCUCUGGGUCCACUUCAUAUUGAAGUGCUGGAUAGCUUUUUUUGUGUUGCUUGUUUUGGGGGCAAAAAAGUAUCGAAGCUUUUGUCUUUAUAUUAUUGUUUCAAUAACCAUGUUUGCUUUUUAUAUUAAAAUUUCUAAUAUAUUAAGAAUGACUUGAUUUCAAAUUAAAUGAUGAAGAUUUUGAGCGGAAUGGUACUUGUUGUUGUGUCCACUAUUUGAAACAAUAAAAUGUUUUUCAUUAAAA